AUGGAAAUGGAGCAGGAUUUGUCGAUUGAUGCAGCACCGGUUACUGAUCAAGGAAAUAAGGUGGCAUCGCCUGAAGAAGAUACAGGAAAUCAACAGACAAAUGUGGAUGCUUAUAGUUUCAUGAGUCAACUGUUUUCACCAGAUGAAGAAAAAUGCUUUAAGAAAAAGAUUGAUACUGUUUUCGAGCACAGAGACAAGAUGAGAUCUUUAGAAGAAUAUGGUGAUGUUUUAUUGAUUCAUGAAGAUGAACACAAGAGCGAUGCCGAUACGUACUGUGGUUACCUGAACACACUAAAGAUGCGUCUUGGAACAAGGCAGUCAGGUGUCACAGUGAAAGCAUCUCCGAAAUACAAAGAAGUUGAAAGUGGGGCAAGUAAGGGUUCAGGAUUAGAUGAGGCAAAAGCAAGGUUCACAUUUGUUUUUCUGUAUGUAAAACCCGGGUUUAAUAUAGAUAAGAUGGAUGAAGACAUUGAGGAGAGGGAGGAAGAUUGUCUAGUUAUAGUGUAUGACGGUGUUGAUCGUGAUGCUGAUAACAUACCAGGAAGGUAUAAAGUUCUAAGCAGCGUCUGUGCAUCAGAUCGAUCUAAAGACACAGAGAAUGCUCUAAUAAAAAAACUUGAAAGGAAACUCUAUAUGAGAGAAGCCAAGGAAAAAAAGUGUAUUGAAAAAUGUUAUAAAACUGCGGAAAUAUUCAUUUGAUAAAUGAGUCAUAAAUACGGGCUUUUUCCUAGCCUCAAAAAUAUGCUGUGUUGGGAAGAGCAUUUGCCAGACCAUAAUAUACAAUUUAAUCAGCUAUGAAUUUAAUUUAUAUUGAAAUUAAUGUUAGAUACUGUCUGUGGGUGUAAUACUAUAUCCUAAAUCAUUUUCUUUCAUUUCAUCUUUUUCUUGUCUGUCUAUGAUGUCACAGACUUUGUUACAUCUAAGUAGCCACAA